AUGGGUUCAUGUCGACAAUGCCAACAAAAACACAACACUCUCCUCCAUAGUUCUAAUGAUGACGUCACUGCCAACUUAAGCACAGAUGAGCAAGUUGAACCAAACGAAUCUGUAGCAGCCUUUUCUAGACAAAUGUCCAAGCAUGUUCUCCUAUCUACAGCAUUGAUAGAAGUUUUUAACCCUAUUAAUAAGCAGGUAGAAAAGGUUCGCGCUCUCUUGGAUUGUGGCAGCCAGUCUUCAUUUAUCACUAAAUCCCUGCAACGGAGAAUGUCACUAAGAACUUGCCCAUUGAAAGCAAUAAAUGUCAUUGGGAUUGGCAAUAAUUCUUCUAAUACAGUGUACGAAAGCUGUCUCACUCAAAUAAAAUCUCUAAAUAGCAACUACAGCGUUACCCUUUCAUGUCUUGUUCUCAACGAAUUGACGGGCCGCUUACCUAAGACCCCAGUUGAUAUUCAAGCUCUCAAAAUACCUAAUUCUCUUACUUUGGCGGACCCUGAGUUCUACAAGUCAGCUCCGAUUGAAGUUUUGAUUGGAGCAGAUAUCUUCUGGGACAUUCUAAACAGCGAACAGCUUUCUUUAGGUCCUAAUAAUCCUAAAUUGCAAAAUUCUAAACUCGGCUGGAUAAUAGCUGGCCCAAUCAACAAUUAUUUUAGCAAAGAAAUUCAUUGCAAUCAUUCCAGAAUUGCAAACCCUACAUCUAACGAAAUUCACAAAAUGCUCACAAAAUUCUGGGAGCUUGAAGAGCUACCCCAAAAAACUGUUCGAAGUCAAAAUGACAUAGCAUGCGAAAAACACUUUCUAAAUACCACCACUCGCUUAGAAAGCGGCAGAUUCUGUGUGAAGUUACCCCUAAAGGACUCACCUGACUGCCUCGGCGAUUCAUACUCUCAAGCUAAAAAACGAUUCCUAAAUCUUGAGAAAAGAUUUAGACGAAAUAAAGAACUAAAAUCAAAAUACGUUGAAUUCAUUCGUGAAUACGCUGAUAUGGGCCAUCUAUCUGAAUCACCUACUCCUAUUCCAAAUCCAUCAUAUUUUUUGUGUCACCAUGCUGUCAUAAAGGAGAAUAGUGAAUCUACCAAACUCCGAGUAGUGUUCGAUGGCUCAGCCCCCACAACCUCUGGCUUCUCUGUCAAUGACAUCCUCAUGGUGAUAUCGCCAAAAUGUAUCGUCAGAUUCAAAUUGAAAGUUCAAAUCAAAAUUUGCAGCUCAUAUUAUGGAGAGAAAAUGAGUCUCAGCCUAUCAAAACUCUGCGACUGA